GCUCCGAACAACAGCUGGGGGGUUUUGUUGUUGUUGUUGCAGAAGAUAGAGAGGGGCCUCUGCCGUCUUGACCAAUAUGCAGAGGCAUUGUUAAUCAACCUUAGCUUAGACAACGCCGUGCUGUGGCAUGGAGGAGCCAACACCAUUUUCUGCCGCUUUGCCGACGAGAUGUUAAGCCUCGUGCAAUGAACGCAAGAGCCCGGGAUUACGAUAUAACCUGUUGUUAACGGCAGGCAUCGCGCACCACAUCGGACGCUUUCGGUGGUCAGCCUUGCACUUUUUUUUCACAAUCUUAGAUGUUCUGCUGUGAAAAAUGGCACCAUGUCAAAUUUUUAUUUAACUCCUUGAUGCAGGAAAGAUCAACAGAUUGAACGUGCUAAACCCCCAAAUAGUUGUCUUUGUUAUUUUUAAACAGCUACUUGAAGUUUAUGUAACGUAUAAGGCACCCAUGGUGUUUUAUACAAGUCAACAUCUUAUACAGACAUACCUUCCAAAACUUGUAUUAAAAAUGUUUUCUGGUGAGGAUAAAAAAAGAGACAAACACAGGACACCUGAUUGCAAUGAGGACUCAAAAAUUGGGCAAUUAAACUCUACACAAACAAAAACUCCAAAACUUUCAUCCAGACUCAAGAACACGAUGAAGAAAAUGACUAAGAGUCGUGCAAGUUGGGCUGGUGAUGAUGUCGAGACAAGGAGGACACGUGAUGCAGAAUUGUCUCAAAAUCCUUGGCCUAGCACAGUCAAAGGUUUAGGAAGAAUGUCACUCCAUGAGGAGUCAGGCCACCUGUCAACAGAAAUUGAAUCUGAUGGAAGUGAAUCUGAUGGCUGCUUGGAACAGUUACCAAAAUGUAGUAGAGAGGCAUGUGAAACAAGGACUUCUGUCACGUUUACUCACAAGAAUCACCAAGAUGUAAAAAGUCAAACACUCCCUGGUAUGCCUGAUCAUAGAAAACUUCCAAAGCAUCCUUUCAAGCUAUCUUCACAAGUCAAAUAUGCUUCAUGGUCUGCAGGCUGCAAGGCAUUCCAGAAGUUUAAAGUGUGGAAAAAAACAGGUCAUGACAACACUUCUCACAAUACGGAUGGAUACAAACACCAACGUUUGCAAAAGUCCAUGUCACAACAAGAUCGCGUCAUGAGUUCAUCUCAGGAGUCGGAGGAUAUUCUGAAUAAGACUCACAAUGUCAUGGAAAAGAUAUUUCAAGAACUUCAAGGUAUAAGUCGAAUUGAGCUUGAAAUUGUAGAACUGAGGGACCAGGUUCAUGCGCUGAAGCGUUCAGUCAGAGAAAUAUCUCAAAGUGUGGAAGUUGUACAAACAGAAAUUGAACAAUUGCAAUCUGGGUUUGUUCAAGUCAAACACAGUAAUGUACCGACAAAUGUUUAUUUUGACCAUAAACAACAAUCUGGAAAUGGCCUCUGUUUGUAUUUCAUCAAUGUUCCAGAACAAGAGAAUGAAAAUUGCACCAAUGUUAUCUAUGAUAUUUUUUCUGCGAAAAUGGGUAUGACAGAUGCCACACAGACUGUGAGAGUUGAAAGUGCUUUUCGGUUGGGAGAAAAGAGAAACAGUCUUUCAGUCAAACCAAGACCUAUAGCGAUUAAAGUUGCUAAUAUUCAGGAGAAGGAAUUAAUUCUUAAAAAGUGCUACAGAUUAAAAGGCAUGAGUAUUAAAAUCAGGACUGCAAACGCUGUACAAAAACAGCCAAGUGUAUUAUCUUUACCUCGAGUAUAUACGUCAUCGAAACAAAUCUACUCUCUGCAGGAUGCUCAGACCUUAUCGAUGGACUCAAGUGAUGAUGACUUCACCAGGAGAAGCGUAAUGAGUCAAAGUUCUGCUCAGUCAGAUGCAGUGUUUGAAAAAAUGAUGUCCUCUGCAAAACGUGAUCAUUAUAAUAUAGAGCGCCACCAUUCCGAUUCGCCUCAUAACAGACACCCUGAAAUGAACCUGAACCUUUCCAAACUUGUGUCUGAAAAUGAGGAACUAUAUAAUCCAUUGCCUGAACAGCAAAACUUUGAACACAGUGAAGUAUCCGAUUGUGAUUAUCUGUCAGAAGAUACACCCGUUUUAAAAUCAAAGUUGUCAUCAGAUAGUGGAACAUCCAUCGAUGAAAAUGAGUUUUGGCCAAAAAGCCACUUCCAGAUUCCACAUAUAGCAUACAUGGGCACUUCCAUGAAUAAUGAUGAUCUCAGUGUGUGUGAAGAUACAAAAACAUUUGUUUUUGUAAAGGAAGAUAUUGUGGAUAGUUAUGGUAUUGAAACAUCACAGUUUGAUGUAAAAGAGGAAUGGAAUAAAAACGAUACAAACGAAAUAGAAUGGGAGAAUGUGCAGACAAUUACUACGGUACACGAGGAUCCAGAUGGUAAUGACAGCCUCAGUUUGCAUUGGGACAACCAGGAGCAAUGUGCUUACAAUACUGAUGAGGAUUCAAUUGAAAACCAUUCGUUUGUUUCUGAUAACAUUCCUGUAGAAACAGAAAAAACUAUUGACAUAUAUCCAAGCUCAAUUGAUGAUGGUUGUGCAAACGUAAUUGAAGUGGAACAUGACAAGAAUCGUAGUAGUUGGCCUGAACUCAAACAGUUAGAACCAUCUCAACCUGCUGAUAUUGACUGGCAUUCAAAUGAAAUUUACAGAAAUAGUGGUGACUGGGAACAGGUUCACGUUUACAGUGAUGAGACUGAGUGUAAUCAAGGAGAAUCGCAACAAGAACAUGACAUUUGUUUAGAGCAGCAUCAGAACCCUGAUAGUGGACAUCAACAGGCAGACGUUUUUGAAGAUGAUUGUUACAAUGAAAUGACACCUGAGCAGGGACAGCUGCAUGAACAAAACGAAUGUAUCGUUCAAGAAACGUAUGCAGAUUCUUACAGCAUGCAAGAUAUGGAACAAUUGAAUACUUAUGAUGAGUGGCCACAAGUGAAGCAAAGCUGUGACUCUGGAGUUGAGCUUCAACAAGUAGAAGCAAGUACAGAUUUUCUAUACAGUACAUCAACAUCAGAUUAUCCAAUUCUUGACAACGACAGCAUCACUGACCAGGAGUUAAGUUGGGAAGGCCAGCAGGAGGAUUGUAGUCAGACAAGUGUUCCCUCUCCUACAUCUAUCGCUGAAGCUAAAGAAGAGAGAUUUUUCGUGAGCUCUUUGAAGAGAGGCAUGCACUUGCUUGGAAUGAGCAGAUUCUCACUUCAGGAGAACUCAACGGAAGUAGAGUUGUCCUCACAACAUAAGAGUCAACUUGCUUUCCAUAGCCAGAGUGAGCUCUUGGAUAAAAGGCACAACGAGGAGAUGAUUGUCUUACAGCAGAGACAGCAAACUGACGAAAGGCCAGAAACAGUUGGAAGCUUCAGCUUUCGGCGGUUUAGUAGCAGCACGCUGCAGCAUGCAAAGUCCGCACUCGGGUCAGUAUUUAAAUUAGAAAGUACGAAUAGCUCUCAGAGCUACAUUUCCAGCAUUGAUACGAGUUCUAUCAGUCUGGAGAAGCUUUCUGCCACCAUCACCUGCUCAAAAGAUGAUAGUGACCUGCAUUUCCAGAGAACAGAUUCAGAAAUUGGGGCAUGUGAAGAUAAUAUUUUGAAAACAGGAGAAAGUAACUAUGUGGAAGUUAUGGAGGAAGUCUUAGCAAAAUUGGAAAGACGAGAAGCAGUACAGAGUGCUUCACCAGAUGCCACGCAAGAGCCUGUCAUAGGAAAUACAGAAUUUGAAGAUUGUAAGUUGAGCUUAGGGGAAAUUAUUUCCAAAAACAAGUUGCCAUCACCCGACAACAAAGGAGAGCAAUCAAGCUCGAAUAAAGAAGGGCUUUCAUGUAUUGACCCACCUGAUGCAGUAACGGUGAUUGACAGCCAUCAAGAUGUAGCAGACAUAGAGCAGCACAAUGAUGCCAUAGGUGAGGAAAACAAAACUGUUGCGUCCAAAAGUGAACAGACUGCGGUAGACGAACAGAAUUCCACCACGAGGUAUUUGGCCAAUUUCAAAAAGGCUUUAGAAGCAAAAAACAAACCAAAACGGCCUACGUUUAAGUCAAUUGUGCAAAGGACUCAAGCGAGGCUGCUGGAAGAGAAGGGGCUGCUGGACAACGCACAGACAAGUCAGCAGAGACGAAAGGAAGAAUCUGUAUCCAUAUCAUGCUCAUUCUUCCUAUUUGCCAUCUUCCCCCGUCCCUGGCAUUCCAUGUCCAGAUUGCACUAACCGAUUAAGCAGUCAGAAAUACUUGGAACAUCUUCAGUUUCACGAAGCAAUGCACUGUACAGGAGCUCAUUUUUACCUAAAAUGCGUAAUGGAUCAAAU